AUGAGUCUGCUGCGGACAUUUCUUGAAUCCAUCAGCUUCCUUUUUACUCGAAGACGAACCAUGCCAUUCCCCAAGUUGGAAGACGGGCCCAAGUUGGAAGACGGGCCCAAGUUGGAAGACGGGCCCAAGUUGGAAGACGUGCCCAAGUUGGAAGACGUGCCCAAGUUGGAAGACGUGCCACGUAUUGUCGAGAAUGAGCUGUCCUGUUGGCACGCUGAUCUGGCAUCCCUCCACGACAUCUUCUAUCGGCCGGGCCACGACGACGUCAUCAGCAUCUUUGUUCUUUGCGACGAUAUUAUACAUGCGCUUAGCGUAUCCAGCCGAUGCGAGGGCAACUUCGACCACGACGCAGAGGACCUCCAGAUCGAGUUCGACUUGAUCUCAAGGACUAGGCUUGUCCAGCACCUGAGGAGCGCCAUCCAACUCCGUAAACAGGCGCACAAGUGGGGCAACACUUUGCGGGAACUCAGCAGCAAGCUUGAGGGAGGGCCACGGGUGAGGCCCAGAAUUGGACUCGGUGAUUUGGCUACGACUUGGUCCGUUUAUGUCGCGGCAUGCAACCAGUUCAACCGUCGUUUCCUGUACAACGGCAUCCUACUGUUCCUUCUGACGUUCGUGAGCUGUACACUACUGCAAACAUACUGGGCCAUCCCAGUCAUUAUUCUUGGCUAUACAGUCUCUUGCUGCCAACAUGUCUACAAGGAACACAUCGAAGCUCAAGCUCAGCGUGUUCAGGUCAUCAAACUUCUCAAGGACUCUAUGGACGAGGUACCCAGCUUGUUAGAGCGGGCACAGGCUUGCGAGAACAAGAUUACGGAUCUAGUGAGGAGGUCGCGUGUCUAUCCACCAACCAUAUCCGACUUUAUUACCAUGGCCUGCAGAAUACAUGGGGAACCCAGUAUGGACGAGAGAAAGGCUCGAGUGAAUGUUAUGGUGCCCCAGUGGAUCGAGCUGUUUGGGAACACUGACCUGCCUCAACAUGGAGGAUUGGACCAAGAGAUGAGAAGGUUGGCGGGUGAUAUUGCCGACAUGUUGAUGUGGACUUUUGGGGAUGCCGGCAGAUAUUCUGUGGAUAGGGAGACUUGA